AUGGCUAGCCAGAAUCCCAGCGACAACCCCGCCUUCGAGGGCGCUGCCCCUCAGACCCUGCCUGACCGCACUCAACCCCCCGCUGAAGACAAGGCGGGUGAGUCAAAGAAUGCCGCCAAAAAAGCCGCCAAGCUCGCGAAAAUGCAGGCCGAUAAGGCUGAUAAGCAGGCCUCGAAGAAGGGAGAGAAGGGUAUCGGCAAGCCAGAGGCCAAGAAAGCUUCUAAGAAGAAGGUUGAUGGUGCCGCUUUGAUCGGUAUUGAUGUCUCGAAGGAGGAGGACUUCUCCGGCUGGUAUCAGCAGGUUCUCACCAAGGGUGAUUUGCUGGACUACUACGAUGUCUCGGGUUGCUUCAUUCUCAAGCCCGCGCUGUUCUUCAUCUGGGAGGAGAUCCAAGAAUACUUCAACAAAGCGAUUAAGGGAAUGGGUGUCAAGAACUGCUCUUUCCCUCUGUUUGUGUCUGAGGAUGUCCUGCAGCGGGAGAAGGACCAUAUUGAGGGCUUUGCCGCUGAAGUCGCCUGGGUCACUCAUGCUGGCUCGACCCCCCUCGAGAAGAAGAUUGCCAUUCGCCCUACUUCGGAGACUGUGAUGUACCCCUACUACGCCAAGUGGAUUCGUAGCCACCGUGAUCUCCCCCUUCGUCUCAACCAGUGGAACUCAGUCGUGAGAUGGGAAUUCAAGCACCCUCAGCCACUCCUCCGUUCACGAGAGUUCCUGUGGCAAGAAGGUCACACCGCUCACCUGACUGAAGGUGCUGCCCGCGAGGAAGUCUUGAGCAUCCUUGACUACUAUGCCAAGAUUUACGAGGAACUCCUUGCCGUGCCUGUCGUUAAGGGCCAGAAGACUCAGAAGGAGAAGUUCGCCGGUGGUAACUACACCACCACUGUCGAAGGUUACAUCCCCGCCACUGGCCGUGGUAUUCAGGGUGGUACAUCCCACGGACUGGGCCAGAACUUUAGUAAGAUGUUUGGCAUCACCGUUGAGGAUCCCACCUCUACGGUCGAUGAGAAGAAGCCCCCUCUGCACGUCUGGCAGAACUCCUGGGGUCUGUCGACCCGCUCACUGGGUGUCAUGGUCAUGAUCCACAGUGACAACAAGGGUCUCGUCCUGCCUCCUCGUGUGGCGGAGCUCCAGGUUAUCAUUGUCCCAGUCGGUCUCACAGCCAAGACUACCGAAGAGGAGCGCGAGAAGCUCAAUGCCGAGGUCGACGGUCUCGUCGCCGUUCUCGUUGCUGCCGGCGUCCGUGCCGACAGCGACAAGAGCAGCUACUCCCCCGGCUGGAAGUUCAACCAGUACGAGCUCCGCGGUGUGCCUCUGCGCCUUGAGUUCGGCCCCGGUGACCUCCCGAUCCCCGAGCUGGCUACUGGCGUUCCUGCGUUGCUUGAGACCAUCCAGUCUGACCUGUACAAGCGCGCCAACGAGCAGUUCAAGGCUCACCGCAUCAAGAUUACCAAGUGGGAUGACUUUGUUCCCGCUCUGAACAACAAGAACAUCUGCGUUAUCCCCCACUGCUUGACCGAGGAGUGCGAGGACCAGAUCAAGGACAUGAGUGCCCGCAAGGCCGAGGAAGACUCCGGCGAGGCUGAGGAUGCUAAGGCCCCCAGCAUGGGUGCUAAGUCUCUGUGCAUUCCUUUCGAGCAGCCCGAGGGUCUUGAGCAAGGCGUUACUCCCUGCUGCAACCCCAAGUGCCAGCGUCUUGCUGAGAAGUGGUGCAUGUUUGGCCGCUCUUAUUAA